AUGCGAUGCGACGAAUCACCAGGACAGUGCCAGAACUGCAGGGCGGCUGGGUGGAACUGUGAAGGCUAUGACUUAGGCCGAUUGCCCAAAGGACGCACCCGCUCCGAGACUGUCAGCGUCAAAGCGCAGCCCAGACCGGCAUUGGCAAUGACCUCUGACGAGCAAAGAUCAUUUUCCUACUUCCAGCAUCACUCCAUCGUCAACCUGACCGCUCUGUGGGUCUCCCCGCUCUGGCAGCAACAUGUCCUACAGAUGUGCCAUGCAGACCAGGCCGUCUUCCAUGCGGUCAACAUGCUCAGCGCGGCGCAUCAGGCGUCUGAGCUGCGCAAUAUGCGGGCUCUGGAAGGGUUGAGUCAGAGCCAUCGGGUCUGUCAGUUCUCCCUUCAGCAGUCUGUUCACGCGAUCUCUCUGUUGAAUCAACGGUUGUCCUCGAACGAUCCGGAGGUGCGCCAGAUAGUUUUGCUGUGUUGUCUCUUGUUUGUGCUGUCCGAUGUCUUCCUGGGACGGUAUGAGAGUGCACGGGGGCAUCUUCGGUAUGGCUUGCGUAUUAUAAAGGAGAUGGAGCGUACAGAAAUUGUAUCAAGAGUCGAGCCGUCCUUGGUCGCCGCAUUCCGGCGAUUCGAUCUUCAAACAGACAUUUACCUCACCGGACGCCAGGUUUUCUGCUCCAAUCAUCCACCUCUCAUCCAUGAUGGGCCGGUUGAGCCUUAUAGUACAUUUUCCCCGGCACAACCUGCACUGGCCGAACUGCUGGGGUCGGGCAUCGCCUACAUCACAACCUGCCUGAGUCUCUCCGACAUCGAUUUCCUCGCCGAUUAUGCGUCUCUUUCCCUUGAGCAUGCACGAUCUUCCUCCCAGCUUAGCCAGGCCACUCAGCAAUUCAAGGUAUUUUGCCAGCAACGUCUCCCAACGCUAAAUGCACAAGGCACAAGAAGCCUUGACCUUCUUCGACUCUUCCUCAUGAGUCAAGCCCUUUGUCUCAAGAUUACCAUGAGCAUAGAGCCCCUCCCUGAUUACCUUCUGCCUGAGACACUUAUCGUCCUUGAAGCCCAUGAAGCGUUCAUCGCUCGGUACCCAGACCUUCCCAUGUUCACCGCUGACCAUGGUGUUAUUACGACGAUGUACGUUCUCGCAACGCGAGCACCGACCCUGAACGCCGGGUUACGCGCAGUGAAUGUUUUGCGCGCAUGGCCACACUAUGAGGGUCUCCUUAACUCCAGCCUCGUAGCAGCAGUUGCUGUGCGUGCGCUGAGAGAGCAGUUUGGAGCGAGUGAAGUCGAGAUUGUGAUGUCGGAGGAAGAGAUUCUCUUCCUACGUCAAUCGUAA